GCGGCUUUUCUAGUAAAUGAAGUUACGCCCUGAAAGAAACACCGGCAAAUCGGGAAAUUUAUGAUUUUCACAUUUCCGGUUUCUCAUGGGGGUACGUGGCCUGUGAGAGCAGAACACACACUAACAAGAUAUUUCGACAAUGGCGCAAAGAAAUGAACUGAUUGAUAGAGCGGAGGAUGUUGCUGAUCAGGUUCUUCGUAAGAGUAAGCAUGUGCUGCCACACGUAGCCAGGUUUUGCCUCAUUAGCACCUUUUUAGAAGAUGGGCUGAGAAUGUGGAACCAAUGGGGAGAGCAGAGGGAUUAUAUGAACCACACCUGGGGAUGUGGCUACAUCCUAGCCACCAUGUUUGUAAUAGUCAAUCUGAUUGGGCAGUUAGGAGGAUGUGUAAUGGUACUGAGCAGAUUUAAAGUUACAAUAGCAUGUGGUGUUCUUGUUGGAAUUAUAGUUUUACAGACAAUUGCUUACAGCAUUUUGUGGGAUGUGAAGUUUCUUUUAAGGAAUUUGGCAUUAGCUGGUGGUGUAUUGCUGCUUUUGGCCGAAGACCGAGCAGAGGGAAAGAGUUUAUUUGCUGGACUUCCCUCCCUUGGCGAAAAUAAUCCCAAACAGUACAUGCAGUUGAGUGGCCGAAUUCUUCUUGUUUUGAUGUUUCUGACCCUGCUAAGAUUUGAAAUGGACUUCUUCCAUGUCAUUCAGAAUUUGGUGGGCACUGCACUUAUCAUUCUCAUAGCUGUUGGAUACAAGACCAAGUUAUCAGCAUUAGUUCUUGUUGUCUGGUUAACCCUUCUCAAUGUUUACUUCAACGCCUUCUGGAAUAUCCCAGCUUACAAACCUAUGAGGGAUUUCCUCAAGUAUGACUUUUUCCAGACCCUGUCUGUCGUCGGUGGACUCCUGCUUGUGGUAGCUUAUGGACCAGGUGGUGUUAGUAUGGACGAACACAAAAAGAAAUGGUAGUCUCAAUUUGUUAUUAAUCUUAGGUUUAUAUUAACUUUGACAAAGAAAGGCACUACAGUAAAGUGAUACAGGAUGUAUGUAAUAAAAAAAAAAUUCUGAAGGAAGAAAAAGCCCUGAAGUGUACAUGUAUUUCAACUGCACUGUACAUUCAUUGUUUACGAUAUAUUAUUUAUGUGUUUUAGUUUUGUUGAAUGCUGUAUGUUAAUGCAGGUCAGAUAUGAAUUUAUGUGUCUUAUGAACACUGAUAAAUAAAUUUUAUGUAUCUAUUCAAAACAAGAGUAUUUGAUUAUAUACAUUUAUUUUGGUGUGCAUGUAUUUGAUUAUAUUAUGUGUUAUCGAUAUAUAAAAUGUUAGUACAUUAUGUAAUUGAAUUUUAACCAGAAAUUGAAAAUAUUUUCCCCCGAUUAUUGUAAUUUUUUUUUUUGAAUAUUGUUACAGAUGUAUACGUUUAUAAAUUAAAUUUCACUAGUCAUGGCAACUGGAAAAUUAAGGUCCUGUCGUUGCCAGUAUCCAGGGUUUAUUCACAGGUUGUAGAUUAUUAAAUUUGCUGAUUGCCAAAGGUAAAUUACCAGAUUGUACAAUGUAUAUGUAUCUGAAAUAACAUAUGGUGCUUAAACUUAGAAAUUCAACAAACAUACUCUGUUUGCUCAAUUUCUUGCAAAUUAAAACAAAAAUUAUUAAAACUUGGUAUAUAAACUUGUAGAGAUACUGUUCAUACAUUUGAAAUUCUGCCCAUCUAUUGUACUGUAGAUACAUUGAAAAUAGAUGGAUGUAUUGUGAUUUCUGCACAUAAUUAAUUUAUACACUGUAUAUAUCAGCCCAACUUGAUUUUUAUCCUUAAUAUUUGUUUACAGUAUUGUUAUAAAAAAGCAACAAUUACCACCAUGAUUUUAAAUAGAAGUGUAUGAGCUCUGUUCAUUGGUAUAUGUCCUGUGUUUGACAUAAGGGAUAUAAAUAAUAUUAUAUAUCUUUUCAAUAGAUGUGUGAAAAAUUCACAGCACUUUUGAGUGGAAAUUAUACCUCAAAGCAAAACAUUUUCUUAAUCACAGCUUAAAUGCAUGUGUGGUAUAUACAGUACAUGUAGCGAUGCCACAUAUAGUUAAUUCUUUGCAUGACCUUUGUUAGAUAUGCCUUAUUGUGUUAGAUACCAGUAAAUGUGAAUACUGAAUAGAAAAUUAUGCCAGUGUAAAAGUCAUCCAUGUUGUUUUGCAUGAUUGUCAUUACUGCCACAGAAGAAUACCAAUAAAAACUAUGUUUUA